UGAGCGUUUGAUUCAGUUACUGGUGCUCACCACAUGUACCUAUUAAAUCUGACGGUUAUGUGACACGUCAAAUUUAUAAUAUUUUUAUAAUUUGUUUUGCGUAUAAGAAACUGUACGUAUAUAAAAAUGAAGACUCGAUUUAAUUCUUACGAUAUUGUAUGCACCGUAACUGAGCUGCAAAGGCUCAUUGGUAUGCGUGUAAAUCAAAUUUAUGAUAUUGAUCAUCGAACUUAUCUCAUACGUCUUCAAAGAAGCGAAGAAAAAUGUGUCCUUUUAUUAGAAUCGGGUAAUAGGAUUCACACAACUGCAUUUGAAUGGCCAAAAAAUGUAGCUCCAUCAGGAUUCUCUAUGAAGAUGCGUAAACAUCUGAAGAACAAACGAUUAGAAAGUCUUACUCAAAUAGGUGUAGACAGAAUAAUAGAUUUACAAUUUGGUAGUGGCGAGGCUGCUUAUCAUAUAAUAUUGGAACUGUAUGAUCGAGGUAAUAUAGUUCUCACAGACUAUGAAAUGAUUAUUUUGAAUAUUUUGAGACCUCAUACAGAGGGAGAUAAAGUUAGAUUUGCUGUUAGAGAGAAAUAUCCUAUGGAUCGUGCCUAUAAAAAUAUCAUGCCACCAAUAGAAGAAAUUCAACAACAUCUUCAAAAUGCUAAAGCAGGAGAAAAUCUCAAGAAGGUUUUAAAUCCACUUUUAGAAUUUGGUUCUGCAUUAAUUGAUCAUGUUUUAUUAAAGCAUGGUUUCACACUUGGUUGCAAAAUUGGCAAAGAUUUUAAUGUCAUAGAUCACAUGCCAAACUUAAUUCUAGCUUUAGAGUGUGGAAAUGAUAUGAUGGAAUCUGCCAGAAAAAAUGUUUCACAGGGCUACAUUGUACAAAAGAAAGAAACAAAACCAACUACAGAUGGCAAAGAAGAUUUUAUAUAUUCUAAUAUUGAAUUUCAUCCAGUUUUAUUUGAACAACAUAAAAAUUCUCCAUAUAAAGAGUUUACUUCUUUCGAUGUUGCGGUAGAUGAGUACUUUUCUACAAUGGAAGGUCAAAAAUUAGACAUAAAGGCUUUGCAACAGGAACGCGAUGCUCUUAGGAAAUUAGAAAAUGUUAGAAAAGAUCACGAUCAGAGACUCAUCACAUUAAAAAAGACUCAAGAAUUAGAUAAACAAAAAGCAGAAUUAAUUUCUAGAAACCAAGCUUUAGUAGAUAAUGCCAUAUUAGCUAUACAAAGUGCUCUUGCUAAUCAAAUGGCUUGGCCAGAUAUAAAAGUUUUGUUAAAAGAAGCAGAAAACAGAGGGGAUCCAGUUGCAUCUGCAAUAAAACAAUUGAAAUUAGAGACAAAUCACAUUUCGCUACUUUUACAUGAUCCCUAUGAAGACAGUGAUGAAGAAUCAGAAUUAAAACCUAUGUUGAUUGAUAUUGAUUUAGCUCACUCUGCUUUUGCAAAUGCUAGCAAAUAUUAUAAUGCCAAGAGAUCAGCAGCUAAAAAACAGCAAAAGACAAUAGAGUCUCAGGAUAAAGCUUUAAAAUCUGCAGAAAAAAAAACAAAGCAAACACUAAAAGAGGUUCAAGCCAUUCACAGUAUUAACAAAUUGAGAAAAGUAUAUUGGUUUGAAAAGUUCUACUGGUUUAUCAGCUCUGAAAAUUACCUAGUAAUUGGUGGAAGGGAUCAACAACAAAACGAGUUGAUAGUAAAAAGAUACCUUAAAUCUGGAGACAUAUAUGUGCACGCUGAUUUAACUGGUGCCAGUUCAGUAGUAAUUAAAAAUCCUGGUGGUUCUCCGGUACCUCCAAAAACUUUAGCUGAAGCAGGUACAAUGGCUGUUGCCUACAGUAUUGCAUGGGAUGCUAAAGUAGUGACUGGAGCAUGGUGGGUAAACAAUGAUCAGGUGUCAAAAACGGCUCCGACUGGUGAAUAUCUUACUACUGGAUCAUUUAUGAUUCGUGGAAAAAAAAAUUAUUUGCCACCAUGUCAGUUAAUUAUGGGAUUAGGAUUUCUAUUUCGCUUAGAAGAAAGUUCAAUUGAAAGGCACAAAGAUGAGAGAAGAGUUAAAGUUGUUGAUGACGAAAGUGAACAUACAGAAUUAAUAGUCGAAGAAGAUAAAGAAAUAGAACUAAUAGGAGACUCUGAUGAAGAAGAGCAGACAAAUAAUUUAAAUCCUAUUCAGGAAGAGUCUAAAGAGGAUUUAAAUGCAGACGAAAAUAAUGUUGAUUAUAAUGACAGCGAUGAGAGUGAAAAUAUAUCGCACUUUCCAGAUACAAAAAUUAAAAUUGAUGUCUCUGGUUCUAAAAUGAAGUUACAUAUCGAUCAAAAUCAAGUAUUAACACCGCAAAAUGAAAAUGAAGAAAAUGUAAUUUACUUGGGUGAUGAUAAACCAAUAAUAUUAAAUACUGCCAUUAAAGAAAAGAGUUCUAAUAAAGGAAAACAGAAACAAUUUCCCAAACAUGAAGAUAACAAGAUCAAUGCGGAAACCAAAAAGAAUGAGCAAGUAGUAUUGAAAAGAGGUCAAAAAGGAAGGUUAAAGAAAAUGAAAGAGAAAUAUAAGGAUCAGGACGAGGAAGACAGAAAAUUAUCUAUGCAAGUUCUUCAAUCAGCAGGUGCUGCAAAAGAGGAUAAGAGAAAAAAUAAGAAUAAAGAUCCGUCUGGGCCAAAACAACAAGGAAAGAAGAAAGGUAUAGCGAAACCACCCACAUCACAAAAUCCACAGAUUAUGGAUAAUGUCGAAGAAGAAGACACUGGUCCAGGACCGGAGGUAGAUAUGUUGGAUCAACUGACGGGAAAACCUCUUACAGAAGAUGAAUUGCUGUUUGCUGUACCAGUAGUCGCACCUUAUAAUACUCUACUGAAUUAUAAAUUCAAAGUAAAAUUAACGCCCGGGACAGGUAAGAGAGGAAAAGCCGCAAAAACAGCAGUAACAGUAUUCUUGAAAGAUAAAGAUAUUACUUCACGAGAGAAAGACUUACUGAAAGCUGUCAAGGAAGAAAUAAUAGCUAGAAAUAUUCCAGGGAAAGUUAAAAUAAGUGCUCCUCAAAUACAGAAAUUGAAGAAGUAAAUCUUUUGUGUAGAAAAUUCAACAAAUUAUUGUAUACAAAGUGUAUAUAGAGAAAAUUUCAAUCUGGACUAUGUUCCUAAUAAAUUAUUACUCUUGCUAUUAAGAACAAGGCAUAUAUCUAUUGCAGCGUUCUAAUGCUUUUGUAAUUUUUAAAUUCUGUUAAUAAACAGACAUGUGUUUGUAUCUAUAUUAAAAUAGUCACAUGUACAGAAAUCAUACAUUGAUAAAAAUUUCAACUUUAGCUUAUAACUUAAAUCUCUUCUUUAACGUUUAAAUAAUUUAAAGUACACAAAGUUUAUUAUUUGUAUAAAUAUAGAAUUAAUACUGUUUAACAGCCAGCACUUAACGCUACGACUCUUAUAUUUUAGGUGAGACGUAUCAAAAUAUGUAUACAAUUUUGAAAAGUAAAAUGCAGUUGCAAAUAGUAUUGGUUUUAGCAUAACUAACAUAUUAACAGACUGUGUUUUUUAUAAAUUUCGAUAUAAAUACAGUAAUGUACAAUAUUUUACCAAAUAGAAAUGAUUUUAAUGCGUGAAAUCGCAUUCAAAACAGAAUUCAUAAUGUUCGAAAUAAUUAUGCAUCAAACAUAUCAUCAUCAGAUGCACUUUCGUGGACAACCAAUGUCCUUGCUUUUCGAGCACUGUUAGGCCGUGAUUUUGAUCCCUUUGAUAUAAUCUACAAAAAUAAAACAUACAUAUAAUCUUUUAUCGUUACCUUACACUUCAUAAAUAAAAUUAAAGGUAUUAUUAUUCUGUUAUUUUAUACAUGUUUCUUACUUCUGGUUCAGAAUCCGAAAUUGAUUCAUCAUGAUUUUUCGCCUUAACUCGACUCCUGUUUUUAACUACAGUCUUCCCGCCCUUAAUUUUAUUUACAGAAACUGAAUCAGUAUUUUUUUUCGCUUUUUUAACUAUUUUUAUAUCGUAUUCUUCGUCAGAUUCAAUAUCAUUUAAUAUUUGCUUUAGAUCUGCCACGCCACCACGUUUUUUAUCAAUUAUAAUGCCUACAGUACUGUCGUCAAGACUUCUUACUGGAGUUAAAUUCUUUAAUGCCCUUAUACGCGGACUUUUCCGAUUUUUAUCCGCUGUUGUUUUCUUUACUUUCGGCGGAUUAGGGGAUUUUAAAAUAUCCAGUUUACGAUCAUGAAUACUAUUUUUAAAUUCCAAUUUCCCAUCCGGUUUAUGCGACAAUUCUUUCAAACCUUCUGUUAGUAUCUUUUCAAAUUUAUCAUAAGCUGGUACAUCAUUGUAUUUCAUACUCGCUAAUAGAGUCAUAAACUUAAGAACAGGAUUUGGUACUGAUCCUUGAAAACUUUUAGUUAAAAAUUCCGGAAUAUUUUGAAAUGCUUUUUCCUUCUGCUUUUGUACUGCAGCUGGACUUGAUAAGUCUUUCUCCCAUAACAGUGAACCGCAUAACCAUUGAAUUAUGUUAUAACCCAAAAUUUCCAAAUCACCACGCAUUGUUGGCACUGAAACAAAAAAAUAGUUUAUUCUAAUUGAUAUCUUUCCUUCAGAAGUACAAAGAUAAAAGAUAAAACAAAUUCUAAAAUCUAAUUUGUGAUUAUCAGUACCUCCCAUGUGAGCAUCUCUACUAGUAUACUCAAUGGUUCCGUUAUGUGCUUUCUUUGGAUCCAACUUAUAUUCACCCUUCGUGUAAUGGGAUGCUAAUCCAAAAUCUACUAAAUAAACUUGAUCUAGAGAAUUUGAGUGUAACAAUAAAUUUCCACCCUUUAUAUCUGCAUGAACAUAUGUUUUAAAAUGGAUGUACUCUAGUACAUGCAUCUAAAAAUAUAAAUACAUUUUUUUAAUUUAAAUGCAUUACACAAGUGAAUUCAAAAUGUAUGUUGAAUUGUUCCUUACUAUUUGUAAAGCUAUUUUAUACACUGUGUGCUCUGGGAAUCGUUUAUUAUUAUUUUUAAAUAGUUUCCAUAAGUCUGUACCAUAUCGUUCCAUCACUAUAAAUCUAUAUUUAAUAUUUUUGUAUUCAUGACUUCCAGAGCCAAUAUAUGGUGGCAUACCAAGCUUAGAAAGUUUCUUCUUCUUUCUCCAAUUAUCAACUAAAAUGAAUAUCCUUUCUCACAAUAUCUGAAUAAUUAUAUAUCAUAAUGUAUAAAGACAUAACGUUUCAAAAAGGGC